AUGACGGAACGAUCCUACGUCAUGAUCAAGCCCGACGGCGUUCAACGCGGCCUUGUCGGGGAGAUCAUCGGCCGGUUCGAGCGCAAGGGUUUCGUUCUGCGAGGCCUGAAGCUGUUCCAGUGCCCCAAGGAGCUGGCCGAGGAGCACUACAAGGACCUUGCCGACAAGCCCUUCUACAAGGGUCUCGUCGACUACAUAAUCUCCGGCCCUGUUGUCGCCAUGGCCUGGGAGGGCAAGGGUGUGGUGGCUUCAGCUCGCAAGCUGAUUGGCGCCACCAACCCCCUUGCUUCCGAGCCCGGCACCAUCCGUGGUGACCUUGCUGUCGAGGUUGGCAGGAACGUCGUGCACGGGAGUGACAGCGUGGAGAAUGGCGAGCGUGAGAUUGGCUUGUGGUUCAAGGAGGCAGAGCUUAUCAAGUGGGACCCUACACUUCUCCCUUGGCUGCGCGAGUAA